UUUCUUACAAAGGAGUCUUCAUUCAUUCAAAAAGACUUGAAGUGCCUCCAAAGCAUCUCCCAUCUCUCUCUCUCAAGAACAGAGCUCGAAGCUUCAGUGCAUUUAAUGGCAGAACCAGAAGCCAAGCCAGAGCCUAAAGAAGUAGAAGAAAUCGCGGAACCUCCUCUCAUAUACAAGACGUGGAUUCUGAAAGUCUCUAUCCACUGCGAAGCCUGCAAGAGGAAGGUGAAACGAGUUUUGAAGGACGUUGAAGGAGUGUAUGAAACGGAUAUCGAUUUAAAGCAACAGAAAGUGGUUGUGAAAGGGAACGUCGAAUCGGAAACUUUGAUAAAGAAAUUGUUGAAGACAGGGAAGCACGCGGAGCUGUGGCCGGAGAAGUCGGAUUCAAAAGGAAAGAAGAAAGGAAAAUCGAAGAAGAAAGAGAAACAGAGCGACUCCGAAAGCAGCGGCAAUGAAGACGAAAAAGAGAAGGUGAAAUUCGAGGUUCAAGUCACGGACCCGACGAAAAAUGGAGAGGCUGCCGGAAAAAUCAACGACGACGGUGGCCAAGCGAAGCAACCUGAAACUUCAACGACCGGUGGCGGCCAGACAAGCGGCGGAGGUAAGAAGAAGAAAAACGAAUCACAUUACGCCACACCGCAGCAGUAUUCCUAUGCGUACGUUCAUCCAGGUGUACAGACGGAGUUUGAUCCUCCACCGUCCGAUUACGAGCCAUAUUUAUCUCAGCCGUCCGGUUCUCUCGAGAUAUUCAGCGACGAAAAUCCUAAUGGCUGCUCAGUCGUGUGA